AUCCCAGUCGGCCCCGGCGUUCGCUGCCGCCGCGCCGCCAUGUGCGCGGUGCUCCGCCGGCCCAAGGCCGUCCGGAUCCGGGCCUUGCACAGCUCACAGAAGUUCGGUGUGGCGGCGCGGAGCCGCGAGGAACUGCUGCGCAAGGGCUGCCUCCGUUUCCAGCUCCCGGUGUCCGGCUCCCGGCUGUGCCUGUACGAGGACGGCGCGGAGGUGACCGAAGACUACUUCCCCAGCCUCGCCGACGACUCCGAGCUCCUGCUGCUCACCGCAGGCCAGACCUGGCAGGGCUAUGUGAGUGACCUGGGCCGCUUCCUCAGCGUCUUCCAGGAGCCACACUCUGCGGUCAUCGAGGCGGCCCGGCAGCUGCUGGCCGGCGAGCAGGCCCCACUGCGGCAGAGGCUGCUGGCCGACCUGCUGCACAACGCCAGCCAGAACAUCGAUGCCGAGACCCGGGAGCAGGACUCUCCCUGGUUUGAAGGCUUGGAAUCCCGAUUCAGGAAUAAGUCUGGCUACCUGAGGCACAGCUGUGAGAGCCGGAUCCGAGGCUACCUGAGAGAGGUGAGCACUUACGUCUCGGUGCUGGGUGGCAAAGCACAAGAGGAAUACAGGCGGAUCCUGGAUGCCAUGAGCCAGCAGCUUACUAUGAAGUACCAUGGUAGCUACUUCGACCGCAGAGCCCCGGCUGAAGGCCGACUCUGCACGCCGGAAGGCUGGUUCUCCUGCCAGGGCCCUUUCGACCUGGAUGGCUGCAGGUCCAAGCACUCCAUCAACCCCUACGGCAGCAGGGAGAGCCGAAUCCUCUUCAGCACGUGGAACCUGGAUCACGUGAUAGAGAAGAAGCGCACCAUCGUGCCCGCCCUGGCGGAAGCGGUCCAGGAGCAGGGUGGACGGGAGGUGGACUGGGAGUACUUCUACGGCCUGCUCUUCACCAUGGAGAACCUGAAGCUAGUGCACAUCGCCUGCCACAAGAAAACCAUCCACAAACUCCAGUGUGACCCCAGCAGGAUCUACAGAGCCAGGACUGGGCCUAAGAGGCGCCGGCAGCCUGCUCGGAAACGGCAGUGAGGCCGGGCCCUGCGUGCAGUGCGCAGGACGCGUGCAUACCUGUGACUGGUGCUAUUUUUUUUUUUUAAUCACUUCAGUAGUUCCUGGAAAAACACUUAGAAGUCUUUCCUUCAGUCCAGUCCAGUUCUCAGCCUGUUUCCCACACCCUCCGACAGCCUAACUUCCAGGGGCAGCUCGGGGGUGCACGUGUAGUGGGCAGGCCAGCGGUCUGGAGCUCGGGGCCUUCUCUCUGCUACAGCCGCGCUGCGUGCCUCGUGCGUGGCCUCAGCAUCCCUGAGCACCAGGGCUGAGCGUGCUGCACGGCCUGAGGCCUCUGUUCUCUGCUGCUCCCUGCUCCACUGCUAGAUGGCUCACAAUAGCAGCGUGGCAGAAAUGUCCCAGAUCUCUCAGUGGGAGUAGCUGUGUGGCAUUGCAUCGAGCCAUGCAGAGUCCUCUUUUUAUAGGUAAGUGGGGUGGGUGUAUUUAAUUUUGUGAUUCAGUCACGAACAUGCUUAUAAAGCAAAGCUGUAGCAGUUUUACGCGUUGGUGAGACAGUGUUUCUUAUGGUUCUUGGAAACAGAGCUGUGAAGUGCUCCAGUCCUGGCUGAGAGUCUGCUUUAGUUUUUUUU